CACAUCUCCCAGAGCUCGAGCCUUCGACAUAGCUCCAUUACUAAUGGCUGCUCCAACUCAUGCCUUAUCCUUCAACAAACCCAAAUUAGCACCUAAAUUGUUCAGUUCACGACCCUUCUUAAAGCACGCCAGAUCUUUCAAUGUAAAUCACACUGUGUUCACAGGCAAACUAACCUCUGCAUUGUUCAGGACGACCAUCUUCAGUUUCAGGAUUAAAGCUUUUAGGAAUGAGGAUUCUGGGAACCAUGACAAUGCGAAACCUGAAGAGAACGCAGAGAAAACUGUGGAUGAGGACCAUGGUAGUCGGAAAGAAACGAAUGCUGGUAUGGGAAGUUCAUUUUUGGUUAAGAUAGCAACUGCUGUGGGUGUUGCUGUAAUUGCUACUGCCGUAUGCGUUGGCUCCAAAAGGCCUAAUGUUGGCUCAAUGUUUGGAGUUCAAUUUCUGGCUGAGGGUUCUUCCUCUUCAGUUGUGGCUGCAGCCCCCGUUGGUUUCACUUUCAAAGCUUUUGGAUACACUAUUGUACUUCCUGAAUAUGCACCAGCAUGGGUUUACUUCUGGUUGCUUACGGCUGCUGGCUGUGGACUUUUCAUUAGUGAAGAAGCUCUAGAUAUUUGGGUAGGCAUAACUAUUGCACGGAUGAUGUCAUUGGACGGGACAUGGAACUUUUUUGCCGACUCACUUUCUAGGAAUGCUUCAUACAUUAUAUCACCAGUCUUCUGGUAUACUGUUAGGGAUUGGUGAAGAGAAGGUGUUGAGCAUUACACGUGCUGUUGAAAAAUAUGGCAAUCUCAUAGGUGUUGGUAAGUUAAGAGCACCCACAUUCUCAGUUGUUUACGUGAAUGAAUGAUUUAAUUAUUUUUAGGUUUGUUCAGGCAUUGAAAAUCCUCCAUGUGAGCAAGUAUUCUGACGCUUUCAUGCAUGAUUCUGUGUAAAAUUCUUCUAAGAUUUUAGUUAGCCAUCUACUAAUAAGAUGGGAAACAUAGUUUAUUACGCAUUCAAAAAAUUGGAGUGUUCACUCGGUUAUGUUAGGAUAUUUUCG